AUGGCAAAUCAAACCAUUGCGUUGGAGGUGAAGCCUAGAGGUAAACCCAUAUCAAAACUUCCCGGAACUAUCUCAAUUGGGCUUGAAGAGAGUCUUGCGGCGCUAUAUUCCACGAUUUCCAGCCGAGCUGGCUUCCCAAUUACUAGACUCAGAAUCACCAAGGGCAGUGAUGGCAGUCUCCUCAAGAACGAUGCUAGCGUUACUGUUUCAAGCACCGGAGUUAGAAACCAGAGUGUUAUAUAUGUCAAAGACCUAGGAGCACAAAUAGGAUGGCGUACAGUUUUCAUCAUCGAAUACCUUGGACCGCUCCUUAUUCACCCAUUAGUCCUCUAUGUACUCCGGCCGUACAUAUACCGAAGCCCUAAGCCACUGCCUCCUGCAUCUGACCUGCAAGUGUUGACCUGCACGCUGUUGACACUCCACUUCAUCAAGCGCGAACUGGAGACGAUUCUCGUCCAUCGAUUCAGUGUCUCAACGAUGCCAUUUACCUAUGUUUUCCGGAAUAGUGCACAUUACUGGCUUCUAGGCGGCGUGAAUCUUGCAUACUGGGUGUUCUCACCUUCAUCACCAACAGCCACUUCUGACCCUAACCCUGCGUUACUAUAUGCAGGUCUUGUUCUAUUCAUAGUAGGUCAGCUGUCCAACCUCUCUACUCACCUCACCUUGAGAAAUCUCAGGAAGCCCGGCAGUACAGAGCGCGUGAUACCCACUGGCUUCGGGUUCGACUGGGUGACAUGUCCGAAUUAUCUCUUCGAGGUCAUGGCCUGGGUUGGAGUAUACCUUGUUAGUGGUCUGAACUGGAGUGUCCUACUCUUCCUUGUCGUGGGAGCUGGUACCAUGAUGAAGUGGGCUAGCCAAAAAGAGAAAAGGUACCGCCGCGAGUUUGGUGACAAAUACAAGAAAAAGCGCUUUGUCAUGCUACCCGGUCUGUGGUAA